GUCGCGUGGCAUGACGGAACAUAAUGAAAAUGUAAGUUUCCGAAACGUACGUUACGUGUCGGAUACCGAGUACACGAUUUCUAUCGCUAGAACGUUGCUAACGCCGAUCGGCAUUUGGCCAUUGUACAGAAGCGACACGUUCUGGAAUAAUGUUAAAAUGUCCGUUCACGUCGCAGCAGUUUUUAGUCUGAUGUGUUUCCUACUGAUACCUAACAUGAUUUACGUCGCUGGCAAUUCCGAGUCUCUGGCGCAAAACAUGAAAGUAUACGUCACGCAAAUAUUCAGUCUUUUGGGGGUGGCGAAAUUCUGGUCGAUGAUUCUGAAUAGAAAGCAGAUCGGACGUUGUCUGAGGGCGGUGGCGAUACAGUAUAGAGACACCGAAUGCGAGGCAGAUCGAAUUGUAAUGACGAAAGCCGCGAAAAUCGGCCGAUUUUUCACUAUAGUGUAUCUGAGCCUUUCUUAUGGCGGUGGCCUACCCUAUCACAUCGUUCUGCCCUUCAUGUCCGAGAAAGUUGUCAAGAGGGACAAUACCACACAAAUCCCUCUACCGUACAUCAGCGACUACGUUUUCUUCGUGAUCGAAGACACGCCGAUCUACGAGAUCACGUUCGUUCUGCAAAUGGUGAUCAGCACCAUGGUAAUGUCUAGCAACACCGGAGUUAAUACUUUGAUCGCCACUACCGUGAUGCACACUUACGGCUUGUUUGAGGUUGUCAACCGGAAAAUUGAAACUUUCUUCGAGGACGACAUAAACGACUUGCACGAUCGUCUUAACAACAUUGUUCAACAUCACCUAAAGGCGAUCGAAUUUGCUGACAUGAUCCAGAAAGGUUUCAACAUAAUAUUUUUGGCAGAACUUGGCUGCUGUACUCUCAUAAUAUGUUUUCUCGAAUAUGGUGUGAUUAUGAAUUGGGAAGAUCGUCAAACAUUCGGCACGAUGACAUAUUUCACUUUGAUGAUGUCGAGUUUCGUGAAUGUCUAUAUAAUAUCGUCUAUCGGCGAUCGUCUUAAACAGGAGAGCGAGAGAAUAGGAAGAACAUUGUACUUUUUGCCGUGGUACGAUCUUCCCAGGGACGUAGUCAAUAACAUAAAAAUGGUCAUGCUUAGAACUACACAUCCGACGUAUCUUACCGCUGCUAAUAUUUUUGAUCUCUCGCUUCAGACGUUUUGUGACAUUUGCAAAACAUCUGCGGCGUAUUUGAAUUUCCUGCGAGCAAUGACGGAAUGAAGAUUUGUAAGAGGUACCGUAGUCGAAGAAAUGUGAUAUUUAUAAAACGCCAACGAUGCAUCAAUCUGUUAAUAUUUGAUAUUCAACGUUCCACUUCGUGUAAUCGUCAUUCGACCAAGUAUGUAUAUAGAAUAUCACCAAAACGACAUUCUCUUUCGUAUAAUCGUUUCAAUCUCUAAAAAAAAAACCCAUGCGUUCGUACAUACAACUUUUUUUCUAUCGAGUACAUCACUUGCUCACGAUUAUAGGUACUAUUGCACUCGCAACU